CGUUGCUUAGUCGUCCGAUCCGAGCAUGCGGCUGCCGGAGCGGUGGCGCGAGAUCCACGGCCGCGACGACUGGGCGGGCCUGCUGGACCCGAUAGACCCGCUGCUGCGGCAGGAGCUGAUCCGAUACGGAGAAUUCUCGCAGGCCUGCUACGACGCGUUCGACUACGACCCCUUCUCGCGGUACUGCGGCAGCUGCAAGUACAACCGCCGCCGCUUCUUCGCCGGCCUCGGCAUGGCCGACUGCGGCUACGACGUCACCCGCUACCUCUACGCCACCUCCAACAUCAACCUCCCCAACUUCUUCGCCACCUCCUCCUCCUCCUCCUCCUCCUCCUCCUCCUCCUCCAGAAACGGCAGCAGCAAGCUGUGGAGCCAGCGCGCCAACUGGAUCGGGUACGUCGCCGUCUCCGACGACGACUGCAGCGCGCGCAUCGGCCGCCGGGACGUCGUCGUCGCCUGGCGCGGGACGGUCACCCGGCUGGAGUGGGUGGCGGACUUGAUGGACUUUCUGAAGCCGGUGGCCACCGAGAAGAUCCCCUGCCCCGACCCCUCCGUCAAGGUGGAGUCCGGCUUCAUCGACCUCUACACCGACAAGGACCCCACCUGCCGCUUCUGCAAGUACUCCGCCCGCGAGCAGGUCCUCUCCGAGCUGCGCAAGCUCGUCCACCACUACGCCCACGUCAGGGGAGAGGAGGUGAGCGUGACGGUGACGGGGCACAGCCUGGGGAGCGCGCUGGCGAUGCUGAGCGCGUACGACUUGGCGGAGACGGGGGUGGUGGAGGGGAAGGCGGUGUGCGUGCUGUCGUUCUCGGGGCCGCGGGUGGGGAACCGGCGGUUCCGGCAGAGGUUCGAGGAGGGGCUGGGGGUGAAGGCGCUGCGCGUGGUGAACGUGCACGACACGGUGCCCAAGGUGCCCGGGAUCUUCCUCAACGAGGGCCUGCGCGGGCUGCCGGACGCGGUGCGCCGCCUCGCCGACGCCCUGCCGUGGAGCUACAGCCACGUCGGCGUCGAGCUCGCGCUGGACCACACGCACUCCCCCUUCCUCAAGCCCACCGCCGAUCCCUCCUGCUUCCACAACCUCGAGGCCCACCUCCACCUCCUCGACGGGUACCACGGGAAGGGGCAGCGGUUUGUGCUGGCCAGCGGCCGGGACCCGGCGCUGGUGAACAAGGCAUGUGACUUCUUGAAGGAGCACCACAUGGUGCCGCCGUACUGGCGGCAGGACGAGAACAAGGGCAUGGUGAGGGCCCACGACGGCCGCUGGAUCCAGCCCGAGCGCCAGAAGAUCGACGACCACCCGGCCGACACCCACCAACACCUCCGCCUCCUCGGCCUCCGCCGCCACCACGACGACAACGCCGAUGAUGCUGCCGACAAAUGAUAGUUACUCUCUCCCCGUACCAUAAACGUGAAACUGUUUCAUCCACCGUCUAUCAUAUACAGUAAAAUUACUGUAUGUGCUAGCUUGCAUAGCUCUAUCUACUCGCAACUAUUCACCAAUAUUUGACGCACGUAUGUACUCGAGGUGUGAUGCGCGUAUAUACUCAGGGCUUGUAUGGAUGUGCGAGUAUUUUGCCCAGCAUAUGUACUUUUCUUUUGUUUAGUUAUGUAUGCAGUAAUUAAUAAAUGAGGAGUGUAAUUCGGCCGUCUAAAAUAA